AACAGACGAACAGAGGGAAACUGAGAAUUGAUAUAAAAACCCGAUUCUUGAAUUCCAUACGGAGAUCGGAUUUGCAGAGUGAUUCGCUUUCAGUCUCAGUGCCAUUCAUCCACUCUCUGGCAUUCCAGAAAUCUGGUCCUCGAUGAGAUCUCUCAAAGCUCCCUUCUCCAACAAUGGUACCAGCGCCAGAAGGCUUACGCUUCUUCAUCUUGUUUGCGCUGCUGCUCUCUUCUCUUUUCUUGUUUUUGUCAUUCAAUCCUCCUUCUUUGCAGGUUAUCAGCAGCCUAUUGCAGAUCUUAACAGGGAGGAGGUUCGGAUUCUAUCGGAUUUCCAGUCCAGCGUUCAGCAAUGCGUGACAAAGAGGGGGCUUGGACUCACUGCACAUAUUAUUGACCACUGCAAGUUGGUUCUCAAGUUCCCAGAAGGCACAAAUAGUACAUGGUAUAAUGAGCAAUUCAAGAUUUAUGAGCCUUUGGAGUAUCCGUAUGAUGUGUGUGAGGCAAUAUUAUUGUGGGAACAGUAUCGCAACAUGACUACUGUCUUGACGAGAGAGUAUUUGGAUGCACGGCCUGAUGGGUGGUUUGAUUAUGCUGCAAAGAGAAUCGCCCAAUUGGGAGCAGAUAAAUGUUACAAUAGAACUCUUUGUGAGGAACACCUAAAUUUGAUCCUACCAUCAAAACCUCCUUUUCACCCCAAGCAGUUUAAAACCUGUGCAGUUGUGGGAAACUCCGGAGAUCUUCUAAAGACUGAGUUUGGUGAAGAAAUUGAUAGUCAUGAUGCUGUUAUACGUGAUAAUGAGGCACCUGUAAAUGAAAAAUAUGCCAAAUAUGUUGGCCUGAAGAGGGAUUUUCGUCUUGUUGUAAGAGGUGCUGCUGGCAAUAUGAUUGCAAUUCUAAAUGGGUCUGAUGAUGAAGUACUUGUUAUAAAGAGCGUGAUUCACAGAGAUUUUAAUGCAAUGAUUAAGCUUAUUCCCAAUCCAGUUUAUCUCUUCCAAGGUAUUGUUCUACGUAGAGGUGCCAAGGGAACUGGAAUGAAAUCUAUUGAAUUAGCUCUUUCUAUGUGUGAUAUUGUUGACAUAUAUGGUUUCACUGUUGACCCUGGCUACACUGAAUGGACAAGGUACUUCUCCACACCCAGGAAAGGCCAUAAUCCACUUCAAGGAAGGGCAUACUACCAGCUAUUAGAGUGUCUUGGUGUUAUAAGGAUACACUCUCCCAUGAGAUCUAAGAGGAAGCAAGAUUGGUCUGAUGUUCCAGAUCGAAAAACGAUUAGGAGGGCUCACACUGCAGCCUUGAGCUUGAAGAAGAGUCAAUCAGGUCAAGCGGGUGAUUUGGGACAGUUUGGCAGCUGUAAAGUGUGGGGCAAUGUAGACCCUGGGACCGAAGGUCCUAUCUCAGGAUCCCCCGAUAUGAGCGAUACAAGGAAACACUCCGGUUAUAGUAAGUGGGAACUUACACCCUUCAACAGUUUGAGAAAAGAAGCACAAGAUCAUUAUAAGCAGAUGGAAGGGGUCUCCCUGUACAAAAUGGACGGCAAUAAGCUGGAUGAUCUUGUUUGUGUGAGACAUUCUUUCGAUUCUAGCGCAUAACAACGUUCUCGACGAUAUCCUAUGCACCAAUACCUUCUUUCCAAUUAGAAUUCACCCAUUCAACAUGUCUGAACUGGCUCUCCUUGCUAAUUGUAUUAUGGUACACACCGUGGCUAGGCACAAGCAAUAGAGGCAUCACUGAAACCCCAUUCCUUUCCGAGAGAGGGCGGUCGAGACAUCGUGUGCCAUUGACAAAAGAUGAUUUAUCCUACUACUUGGGUCUCCAUGCCUGGACUUCAGAGGUCUGUGGAUUGACAAAAUUAGGUUGUGAUACAAUGUUUAGUAGGAUGUUAGCAAGUACGAAAAUUGAAUCACUUUAUUCUUUGGCUUUGUUCCUAUGUAGGUUGUAAAGCUUGUAUUUUAUCCUCUCAAACAAAAGUGUAUCAUUAGUUGUUUUCGCCAUUAUUUGUAAACACUCUCAAGGUAAAAACGUCCAUUUUCUUUUUCUUUA